CUUAAAUGAGACAAUAAUUAAUUAUCGUAACAUAAAGGUUUUACUUUUCCCAAAUAAAUUCAAUAAAACAUCAAAACACAUCGAAACAAUACUUCCAUGAUACAGUCGAUAGUUAAGGGUGAUGGACGUUUCGUGCCACUACCAGUUCGUGCCACUGAAAUUUGUGUAGGGAGCACGGAGGCAUUGGUCGUUUUGUCCCACUGAUAACAUAUAGGCGGAUAGGUGUGAGUAAUAUCGUAUAGAGUAUUCACUCAUUAUGGCUCAUGCAGAGGCAGCCUUUUCAAAGCUUCAAGGAGGUCAUUCUGACGGGGUCCUAUGUGUGGACAGCAACAGUGAUGGCUCUCGCAUCAUCUCUGGAGCAGAAGGGGUCGAACUGUGCAUUUGGUCAAGUGACUGUCAACUUGUGCACAAACUACACUCGCCUGACGAAGAUAGCGCUUGUACCAGCGUGUGCAUCUCCAAGCAAAAUGACAACAUGUUUUAUGCAGCUAUAGGCACAGUGGUGAAGGUUUUUGACGUUCGAAACAUGCAAUCAAGCGUGGAAAGCUUUCAAUUCAACGAGGAAGAAGUGAACCAGAUUGUUCUUGACGAAAAAGAACAUUAUCUGGCAGCAUGUGAUGACACAGGAGAAGUGAAAAUUAUAUCCUUGCAGGAAAAGCGACUCUAUAAAACACUGCGAAGAAAGCAUACCAAUAUUUGCGCAACUGUAUGUUUUAGGUCAAAAAAGCCCUGGGAAAUAUUUUCAGGUGGAAUGGACUGUAAUUUGAUUCACUGGGAUUUCUCUAGACCCAAAACGUUAAACCAGUUUAACAUGCAGGAGCUUCAUGAUGCACCAUCGGAGCUUGGCGCAUACAUGGUGAAUCCUCCAUUUGUCCAUCAUCUUUCAAUGUCUUCUGAUAGCCACUUUCUUGCCUGUGCGCUGGAAAACGGUUACAUUUCCAUUUUUGAUUCAAGUAAGAAGAAUAUUUCAGAAUUUUGUACACUUCAUGCUCACACUCAAGGCGUUUCGCAGGUUGUAUUUAUUGGAAACACCAAGCUUGUCACGGGUGGAAAUGACAGUGUGAUCAGAUUGUGGGAUUUGGCAAAAAUGCACGAGACUGAAUCCUUUGAAGUGCAGUCCACAAACGGCCAUGCAGCGCCAUUACACAAUAGGAAUAGUGAAAUAACAUCUCAUUGUUGCACAGGAGAAAUUCAACAUAACUCUAAAAUAAAUUGGCUGAAGUGCUUCACAGAAAAUGGCAGCCACUUCUUGCUAGUUGCAGAUCAAACCAACUCCAUUACACUAAUGCCAAUACAUGUUUAGUUUUAGUAAAUAAUUGCUUAAAGACUUUGUCUCUUUUAAUUAUCUAUAUUAGAGAUGCUUUCCCAGGUUUUAAAAAUCUUGGUAUAAUAAACUCGGUGAUAAUCAUAUAACAAUAAUGUUGUUUUUAAAUUAAAUUUUGUCUUUUGAACCUUUUUAGCAGUAAUCAAAAUAAAGGCAUUUUGAUAGACACUUUACACUGCUUUGCUAGAGGACAUCCCAACAAUGAAAGCUUCAUGAAUUUUGCCUUGAUAUCUCAUAUUAUACCGGUAGUUAAUACUGGUAUAUGCUCAGAACAGUGCAGAAGAACAAUUUAAAAUGGCAAUUUCUAAGAAAUUAUGAGGAAGGAUGUAUGUUAAUUGUGAACUGCUUGUCCCAUCAUUGAUAUCAUAUCUAUGCAAUGUCAAUUCGAUAACUUGUAUAGUUUAUAAGAUAUACACAAUUUGAAUGUGAUAUAUUAACAAAGGGCAAUAACUCUCAAAAUAUUAAAGGAAGCAAGUCAUGAUUGUGCACAUUCUCUCCAAAAGAUCUACCAACCAAUUCAUUUUCAAGUGGAUAUUUCUUUUAAUGUUCACAAUUUGCUCUGGACAAAUUUUAAGCACAAACAUUAACAAAGGGAAAUUCUUUUAUUAUGGGGGAGGAAGAGUUAUGGUUCUUUUUCUCUGAACAUCUCCUCAAUGAGAUCUACCUAAAGUUACAAGAUGAUAGGUAUUUUUGUUUUUUGAGAUAUCUUCAGGACAAAAUUGAAAUAUCAGGGCUUUUUUCCCCUUCUUUAGCAAGUGCCUUAUAAAGGCCCCUUAAGGCUUCCACCAAGAGAAAGGCUCCUUCCCCAAAGAGAAUUUCUUUAAAGUGAUGACAAAUUUCCCCAAAUUUAAAGCUUACUUUGGGA